AUUUGUCCCAAACAAAAUUGGUCAUAUGCGUUAAACCCUUCCCCCAAAUACUCAGCUCUGAGAGCCGAAACCCCCCGAACAAAAGAUCUCUCUGCAUCACUCUCUCUAGAAAUGAAGAGAUUCUUCAAACCCAUAGAAAAGGAUGGCUGCUCAAAGAAGCCCACUCUCUCCUCUCCUCUUUCGUCAUAUCACAAAACCCAAAACGAAGCAGAAACAUCAGAAGAAGAGAAGGGAGGAGGAGGAGGAGGAGGAGGAGGAGGGGAGGGGGGAGAGCCCGUCAAAUUUGUAACUUGGAAUGCAAACAGCUUGCUUCUCCGAGUCAAGAACAACUGGCCUGAGUUCACGCAUUUCAUCCAGACCCUUGACCCUGAUGCCAUUUGCAUUCAGGAAGUUCGAAUGCCCGCUGCUGGUUCUAAGGGUGCACCUAAGAAUCCAAAUGCACUGAAAGAUGACACAAAUGCUGCUCGUGAGGAGAAGAAGGUGCUUAUGCGUGCCUUGUCAAGUCCUCCAUUUGGAAAUUAUCGUGUCUGGUGGUCUCUUUCAGAUUCUAAGUAUGGUGGGACUGCUUUAUUUGUUAAAAGACAAUUUCAGCCAAAAAAGGUCUCAUGCUGUCUAGAACGAACAGGUUCUAAGCAUGAACCUGAUGGACGGGUGAUUUUGGCUGAAUUUGAGUCAUAUUUCUUAUUGAAUACUUAUGUACCUAACAAUGGUUGGAAAGAAGAGGAAAAUUCUUUCCAAAGAAGAAGAAAAUGGGAUAAAAGAAUUCUUGAAUUUGCUCUACAAAUUGAGAAACCCUUGAUUUGGUGCGGUGAUCUGAACGUAAGCCACCAGGACAUGGAUGUUAGUCAUCCGGAUUUUUUUAGUAGUGCAAAGCUUAAUGGCUACAUUCCUCCAAAUAAAGAGGAUUGUGGACAACCAGGAUUUACGCUGGCAGAAAGGCAGCGUUUCAGUAAUAUACUGUCCCAAGGAAAGCUGAUAGAUGCAUAUAGAUUUCUCCACAAAGAGCAAGAUAUGGAAAAAGGCUUUUCUUGGUCUGGGAACCCAGUUGGCAAGUAUCGAGGCAAGAGGAUGAGGAUAGAUUAUUUUAUUGUGUCGGAACAGUUAAAGGACCGGAUUGUUGCAUGUGAAAUGCAUGGGCAAGGAAUCGAACUCCAAGGUUUCUAUGGAAGUGAUCACUGUCCUGUUUCUCUCGAGCUUUCACAAGGAAAUUCAUAAUGCUUUUGGACGGAACAUUAUUCAACUAACAUGAUAAAUUCCAAGUUAUCAUUUCUCUCGUUUUGAAGCCAAUACACAAGGACAGCAAAUUCGAGAUUGAUGCAUUUGCAAUCUUGUAUGAAUUAAUGAUUAUGAUACUCAGGCGCUACGUUUCUCUGACCUGUAUAAUUGAAGAGAAAUAGGUUGUUGACAGCCAUUAUCAAGAAUUGCCUAGUAAUUUCUUAUAAUCUAGCAAAAUGGAGCAUUUGCUGCAUAA